AUGGCUCCCAUCUUCAGGAUUGCUGUUAUUCAACUCUACGUCAAGCCCCUCCGCCCGGCAGAGAACUUUGCUAAAGCUGUCAAAUUCAUCCGCGAUGCUGCCGCACAGGAAUGUAAUUUGGCAGUCUUACCAGAAUGCCAUCUGACGAACUGCCCCAUGGACGACCCUCGAUUUGUCCCCCUAUGUACUGACUGGGAGACAUAUCUGCAUAAAUAUCAAGCCCUCGCGAAGGAAUGCAACAUCUGUAUCGUACCCGGUUCAAUUGUCCAAACAAUCCCAGACACGGCACCUCACUCCGACAGACCGAAGCUGGAGAAUGUAACCUACUUCAUCUCCAACACCGGCCAGAUCCUGGGUUCGUAUACGAAAAAGAAUCUCUGGGGUCCCAUGGAGAGCAAACUUAUUCGAUCUUCGGGAAAUGCACCUCAUAGAGUGAUCCAGACCCCACUGGGCCCGGUGGGCUUGCUACUCUGUUGGGAUCUGGCCUUCCCUGAAGCAUGUCGCGAGCUUGUCUAUCAGGGUGCAAAAAUCAUUAUUAUGCCGAUAUUCCUCACACGACACCAUUUAUCAGAUGCAGGCCAUCGAUGGAACCCUUCAGGCAUAUGCGCCUUUGUAGACAAUAUUCUUGCGGCGCGCGCAUGUGAGAACACCUGUGCCAUGGUAUGUGCCAAUGCUGGGGGUCCUUCACAGCAUUACUUCGGUCACUCGCAGAUUACGCUCCCGUAUGUCGGGCCUAUGGCGCGUCUGGGGACGUCUACGGAGGGCAUUAUGGUAGCAGACUUGGAUAUGGCCAUUCUGGAUGAUGCAGAGGCGAAUAUUAACGUGCGGGCGGACUUGACUCGGGAGGACUGGCAUUACAGCUACAGUCGUCGGGAUGGACAGAUUCAGCCGGGGGCGAAAUUGUAA